GUAUUAUUUUUGUUUACGUUGGUUCUUAUAACCGCAAGUCAAACUCAAUCCGCAUGUGUUUUACCUGAAAGCGGUUGUUUUUUCGCCCAAAUCAAUUGUAUUAUAUUAACUUUAUUUUCUACUUUUAAAAGUAAAUUGUCUGCCACAAAAUGCAGCAGGACGAGAUCGUGUGGAGCAUCAUCAGCCGGCAGUUCUGCUCGUACCAGGUGAAAACACAGACGCAGAAUUUCUGCCGAAACGAGUACAGUCUGACGGGGUUGUGCUCGCGAAAGGCAUGCCCUCUGGCGAACAGCCAGUACGCCACCAUUCGGGAGGAGAACGGUAUAAUCUACCUGUACAUGAAAACGGCCGAGCGGAAUGCGUUUCCAUCCAAGCACUGGGAGAAGGUGAAACUGUCGCGAAACUAUGAGAAAGCUAUCUAUCAGCUGAAUGAAAAUCUCCUGUACUGGGAUCGGUUCGUGCGGUUGAAGUGCAAACAGCGGUUCACCAAGAUUACCCAAUAUUUGAUUCGAAUGCGAAAGUUGAAACUGCGAAGGCAAAAGUUGCUGGUUCCGUUGGCUACGAAGAUCGAAAGGCGCGAGCGAAGACGCGAAGAAAAGGCACUGGUGGCGGCUCGAAUUGACAACGCCAUCGAGAAGGAACUGAUGGAACGGCUCAAGAAGGGCACGUACGAGGACAUCUACAACUUUCCGCAGGUGGCUUUUAACAAGGCACUGGAAGCGGAAGAGGUUGAGGAUGAGGACGAAGCGGAGGAUGAAGCGGAAGCCGGAAGUGAUAUGGAACAGGAGGUGGAGAAGGAAAUGGAGAUGGACGAAGAGUUGCAGCGGGAGUUCGACAUGGAUGAGGAAUUCGUGGAGGCUGACUCCGAGGAGGACGAUAGUAGCGAGGAUGAGAAAGUGGAAAAGGACAGCGAGGAGGACGAUGAUGAUGGUGAGAAAGCGUCCGAUGCUGAAAGCGAGUCUGGUGUUAAGGAGCGGGUGAUAGUCGAAAGUGAUUUCGAAUCGUCCGAGGAAGAAGACAUUGAGGACAUCGCAUCGAAGGUGACUCCGCGACUUCCGAAGAAACCGCUGAAGAAGAAGGCGUCACUGAACGGGGGUCCUUCAACCAGCAAUCCGAAGAAACCUAAGAAACUACGCAAACCGCACCUGGAAAUCGAGUAUGAGGUGGAAACCGCCCCAACGAGGCAUCGCCUACAUCAGUGAGAUGCCCUACAGCAAUGGGGCCACACUGCGCUUCCUGCUGCCGGGUCCGUUCCGCCACCAGGAUUGCAAUCUGACCCGGCUGUCGCAGCAGAUCGCGGAUUCGGUGUACCACGACGAGGCAGACGAUCAGCUCGGGUC